ACCGCGCCCCGCGCUCAACAAGUGUCUGCCCCGCUGGGACCGCGCCCGGUGCUCCGCGCUCCUGCCGGGCAGCUCCCGCCCUCGCUCCGCACCACGGGCGGCCGUGCGACCCGGGAGUUAAGACCCGACGACUGGGCGGUCUCGCUCCACGCCCUCCUCGGCCUGUGGACACGUUGUGCUGCCGUUUCUCAGAGUGGGUGGCCGGGAGAUGCUCUGCUUGCACAUCCUUUGCGUGCUGCGGGGAGGAGAGCGGCCAUGGGGGUUUAGGUUCUGCGAGAAGGGAUUUUCUGUACGUGGAACUUGUGUGCACCUUGAGGCACAUGGACAUGGGCCCUGGACACCGUGUGCUGUUUCUUGGGAGCUGUAGGAAGGGUCUUGCCGUCUCCCUGCCACGCUGGGUGCGCAGCACUUCCCCAGAUCGGGAGCCCGCAGUCCCCUGCUCCAACUGGCUGUCACUGGGUGCGGGUGGCCAGCAGCGCAGAGGUCAGCACGGUGCCUGCCACUCCUGCUGCACAGUGGAAAGUUUACCAGGUUAGCAGUCUUUGUGUCCUGGUGUGGUGGCCCCCAGCUCUCCAUCUGCUUCUUUAGUUCUGCUGAUAAGGUCAGGAAUCACCAGGCGGUGACAUCUCAGCCCCUGCUCAUGAUAUGCUGGGCAGUAUUUGAAGCCACUGUUUUACCAUGCAGAAAAGGAAACACUUAGUAAUAGCACAAGGCUAGGAUUGCCAUAAAGCCAUCGAGGAAGUCCUUGCUUUUCCUGGAGUAAGUAUGGAGCCCAGCUCCAAGUCAGAGCUGUUCAUGCUUUCCCAGACUCCUUUCCCUGGUUCAGGUCCCACGAUGAGUCAGUGUGGGCUAGUGGCACCAGCCGGAGGACCCCCUUUUCUUUUCAGCCGAGGAGAAGCUAGAAGGCUGGGUGAGUUGGGAUACCGGAUGGAACAUACCCAAGCAGACACAGGCCCCCUUGUUUGAUGACCUGAAUUCUCAAGAGCCCUCUGAUGAGCAGGGACAUCCUUUCUGCAUGAGUUCCUGGCUUAAAAGAUGAGUCUCCAGCAGUGGCGGGACAGCUUCCCUGCCUUCUCACACAGACACUCUUUGUCUGCAGUCUGCCUGGGUGACAAAGGGAAGUAAGUAUCCACUGAUGGGGCAGGGAUAGUCUGAAGGUCCACAGGGGCUCACUACCUGCCUGAGGUAUGGGUCACAUCUGAGGUCGAGGCUGCACUGGCUGUCUGCCCAGAGAAGUGUGGCGGUGUCCAGGCAGGGAGAUCACAGCUCCACUAUUUUAGGUCCAAGGUUUUCUGAUAGCUGUCAUUAACCAAAAUGUUGCUUCAUGGCAGCUUCCAGUUCUCUUCCUCACCAGCAUCUCCUCUGACCCCAAGGCAUUGUAUUCCUUUCCCAUUUGUCUCCUGCUUGCUGCUUUGGGCAAUUCUUAUGCUUCACCCUGUAGAAAUCCAAGUUUUGCCGCUCCUGUAGCUGAGCUGUUUGCACUACGGGAAUGGGCCUACGCUCAGUUUUGCUGCAGCCAUCUGGCCCUGUGUGGGAGGCUGCAGUUCCUGCAGUAGUAUUCAUAGCCCUGUGCAACCAGAAUCUGUCCAGCUCCUGAACGGCUUCUGUGUCUGGGAGGUGGCAGAGGUGUUCAGGCUGCCCAGUGUCACAGGGUUCAGAGUUGAGUCAAUCUGAUUUUAGCCUCUGAUUUUCAGGGUUGGUGGCAGAACUAACUUUUCCUUCAGUCCCUGCUCAGGUCUCUGCAACCAGCCCUCAAUGGCUCUCAGCGGGGUUAGCUUUCCCAGACACUGAACGGGCAGUGGAAAUUCUGACCAGAUACCAAAGCACCCUGCAGUCCCCGGAGGAGCAGGAGUUAAAAGCUUCCAUUGGAAAAGUUUCGCACAUCUUCCAAAGUGAACUCUUCCAGGCUCUGCUGGAUCCAGAACGGAUUUGCAUGUCAUCAGACAGAAACUGGGCUGUAAGACAGAACAUGCAGCUUCAUCUUUUGCUACCACAACAUCCUCUUAUGGAGGCUUUUCAGGUAGUGCUGCUCUUAAAAUGCACAGAUAUCCAUGAAUUCUAUGAUUUCACGCUGCGCUCUGCACCCGUGCAAUCCCCAAGCCUGGAUGCACGUCAUGGCACAGCCAGGCAGCACCUUGGGUCCAGUGAGCCCAGUUCCACAGUCACACCCAGAGAGCUCCAAAACCUACCUGAGGACUGCUCCUGGGACCAUGGGCAGAGGCUCGCCACGGGAGCUGGGGACAGAGCUGAGGGGACAGCGCCACGGCUGGUGAGGGUGACAGCACGGCGGACAGAGGCACCAGCCAGUGUCUGCAGCCUGGUGCUCAGCUCUCACAGCACCCUGCCCCAGGCCAACCCCGCUCCCAUUAUCGUGAAUACAGACUCGCUGGAACAAGGGCUCUCUAUGAAUGGCAGUGAUGGGAUAUUCAAAUAUGAAGAGAUCAUCUUGGAAAGGGGUAACUCUGGCCUCGGCUUCAGCAUAGCAGGAGGCAUCGACAACCCCCAUGUUCCAGAUGACCCGGGUAUCUUCAUCACCAAGAUCAUCCCCGGGGGAGCAGCAGCCAUGGAUGGCCGUCUAGGGGUGAACGACUGCGUGCUGCGGGUGAACGACGUGGACGUCUCUGAGGUUGUGCACAGCAAAGCUGUGGAAGCCCUGAAGGAAGCAGGCCCUGUGGUGCGGCUUGUGGUGCGCCGCCGGCAGCCCCCGCCAGAGACCAUCAUGGAGGUUAACCUGAUGAAGGGCCCCAAAGGCCUGGGAUUCAGCAUUGCAGGGGGCAUCGGGAACCAGCACAUCCCUGGGGACAACAGCAUCUACAUCACCAAGAUCAUCGAGGGAGGUGCUGCCCAAAAGGACGGGCGCCUGCAGAUUGGAGACCGGCUGCUUGCGGUGAAUAACACAAACCUGCAGGACGUGCGGCACGAGGAGGCAGUGGCUGCCCUGAAGAACACCUCUGACAUGGUGUACCUGAAAGUGGCCAAGCCCGGCAACAUCCACCUCAACGACAUGUACGCGCCCCCCGACUACGCCAGCACCUUCUCAGCCUUGGCUGACAGCCACAUAAGCCAUAACUCCAGUCUGGGCUACCUGGGCAGCGUUGAGAGCAAGCCUGCCUAUCCCAUCCCUCCCCAGGUGACUCCGUCCCGGUACUCGCCUGUCCCUCGGCAUAUGAUUGGAGAUGAUGACUUCACCAGGGAGCCCCGGAAAAUCAUCCUGCACAAAGGCUCCACCGGCCUGGGCUUCAACAUUGUUGGAGGGGAAGAUGGUGAGGGGAUCUUUGUGUCCUUCAUCCUGGCUGGAGGCCCUGCUGACCUCAGUGGGGAGCUGCGGAGAGGAGACCGUAUCCUUUCGGUGAACGGCGUGAAUCUUCGCAACGCCACCCACGAGCAGGCGGCGGCGGCGCUGAAGCGGGCGGGACAGACGGUGACCAUCAUCGCGCAGUACCGGCCCGAAGAGUACAGCCGCUUCGAGUCCAAGAUCCACGACCUGCGGGAGCAGAUGAUGAACAGCAGCAUGAGCUCCGGCUCCGGCUCGCUCCGGACAAGCGAGAAGAGGUCGCUCUAUGUCCGAGCCCUGUUUGACUAUGACCGGACCCGGGACAGCUGCUUGCCCAGCCAGGGACUCAGCUUCUCCUACGGGGAUAUCCUGCAUGUCAUCAAUGCCUCCGAUGAUGAGUGGUGGCAAGCCAGGCUCGUUACACCCCAUGGUGAGAGUGAGCAGAUCGGGGUCAUCCCCAGCAAGAAGAGGGUGGAAAAGAAGGAGAGAGCACGGUUGAAAACAGUGAAGUUCCACGCCAGGACUGGCAUGAUUGAGUCCAACAGAUCGAUCAAAACGAAACGUAAAAAGAGUUUUCGCCUCUCUCGAAAGUUUCCAUUUUACAAGAGCAAAGAGAACCUGGCCCAGGAGAGCAGCGGACAGGAACAGGGCGUGACAUCAAACACCAGUGACAGCGAGAGCAGUUCCAAAGGACAAGAGGACACCAUCCUGUCAUACGAGCCAGUGACACGGCAAGAAAUUCACUAUGCGAGGCCGGUGAUCAUCUUGGGGCCAACAAAGGACCGAAUUAAUGACGACCUCAUCUCUGAAUUCCCACACAAGUUUGGUUCCUGCGUGCCCCACACCACCAGGCCUCGGCGCGAGAACGAGGUGGAUGGCCAGGACUACCACUUUGUUGUAUCCCGGGAACAGAUGGAGAAAGACAUUCAGGACAACAAGUUCAUCGAGGCUGGGCAGUUCAAUGACAAUCUCUAUGGGACUAGCAUCCAGUCAGUGCGAGCGGUGGCAGAGAGGGGGAAGCACUGCAUCCUGGAUGUGUCUGGCAAUGCUAUCAAGAGGUUGCGACAAGCACAACUUUAUCCCAUUGCCAUUUUCAUCAAACCAAAAUCCAUUGAAGCCCUCAUGGAGAUGAACCGGAGACAGACAUAUGAACAGGCCAACAAGGUCUUUGACAAAGCCAUGAAACUUGAGCAAGAGUUUGGAGAAUAUUUUACAGCCAUUGUACAAGGAGACUCUCUUGAAGAAAUCUACAGCAAAAUCAAACAGAUCAUUGAGGACCAGUCUGGGCACUACAUCUGGGUCCCAUCCCCAGAGAAACUCUGAAGACGUCUCCCACCUGCUUCCUUGUGAGCAGAAGAUCUCCGAAGUCCCACCCAUCCAAGCCCUCUGCCCCAAGGGGGAGGGAUAUGAAAACUACUCCUGUUCCCUUUUUUAGGUCGUUGUAAAAUUGAGUUUUCUAGUCCUGUUUCUUUUGUUGGGAUGAACUCAUAGCAUUCAUCACGUGACUGUUCCCACCAUUCCUGCAUGGACCUUCCCACUGCUCCAGUAGAGACAAACAAGAACCCAUUCAAGGUCUUUUUUUUUAUAAUUAUAUUAUUAUUAUUAUUAUUAUUAUUAUUAUUAUUAUUAUUAUUAUUAUUAUCUAAACAAAGAAUCAAGAUGGGAGAAGGCGGCUAAGGACUAAUGUAAGAAAACAAGUGAAAAAAUGGACUCUGAACACAUGAGCUGGUAUCAGAGCUCCAGGGGCAUUUUUCCAAGUGUGACUGUCUAGCAGCUCUGAACAGUGCGACAGAUGGGCAGCAGAAAGCAUUUUAUUUAUCUGUAUAUGUAAUUUAUAUAUAAUAUAGAGGAGAGAUAUUAUAUAUAUAUUAUAUAUAUAUAUAUGUAUGUGGAAUAGGAAAUCUGAGGGACCUCUCUGAAAAGGUGUUGUAUUAUUGCAAGGUUCUUUCAGUUCAUCUGUCCCAACCACUCGGCGUAGGGAGUCCACUUGGGCAGGAAGAGCUCAAAAUGGUACCAGGUGCUUUGGAAACUUCUCCUGUCCAGGCCAGUUCCCUACAGCCACCCCGAGUCUGAGACAGGCCAGAGACUGGUACUGCCUGUGCAGGAGGGACCAGAGCAAGGAGCAGCAGCUGGCCUGCGAGAGGCUGGGAGACAGAGACUGAGCAGGAGGUUGUGGAGCAAGAGAAUGGAUGAUGCUACAUAUUAAAUUGCACAUUGUUUUACACACCACCUUAUGUGUUUGCAUGAGAGGUUUCCUUUUGGUUCUAUUUUUUUAAGCUGACUUUAAACCAAAACCAUAUUGUGUUGUUGUGUUGGCUUUUUUUAAUAUUAUUAUUAUUAUUCCAUUUCUUUCUUGUUAAUGAUGAACUGAAUGGAUAUAAAAUCCAGUUUUUUAACUUAUUUUUUAAGCUGGCUCUAUUGUAAAUAGAAUCUAGAUCUGUGGUGUUUAGUUAAGAAAUAUUUUACUGGCCACAUGGAACAAAUGUACUCACCGUCCUGUGUUGCUGUGAAAAACCUGGGAUAUUGGACUGGUCCUGUACCUGUGGGUGCAGGUGGAAUGACCCUUUCUGGCUUGUGGCAGCACACUGCCAUUCUCUUCUGCAUUAGCCACUGGCAGGAAAAGCCCCCAGCUGUGCCUUGGAUGGACACUCACAUUUUCCAGAUCAGUAACAGAAAUGAAACCCUUCCUCCCUUCUCUGCUCCAUGAUGAGUUCCCAGGCCUGCUGUGUGCAGGUGCCAGGGGUGGCUCUCCCGGGGAGGGACCCUCCUUCCAGCAAAGGUGACUGCAUGGCCACCUUGCCUGGCUCGGUCUCCGAUAUCUCUGAGUGAAUCUGUGGCUGAAGCUGGGUUCUGCUGCCUUCCCCAAGCCACCCCAAAGCCCUGAAGUGGUGCCCCAGCUCGCAGGCUGAGGGGCAGGGCUGCCCCAUCUGCUGGGCACUGGCAUUUUUCAGGGGAGGCACUGAGACACUUGGCCCUAUGCUGAGACAUGUCUGCCUUUGAGGACACUUUGGCUUCUGUGCUUGAGGGGGGCUCCAGACCCUUGUGUGCAGCUGGGGACACUCAACGUGGCCUUUGAGGAGUGUGUGCUGGGUACUCAGUUCAGGUCCCAGCACUCCCCCCGUACAGAGAGCUGGUGAAUGCUGUUCCUCACACAGUGCCACACCCCGCAGCACAGGAGGUCGCUGUCCAAGCACGACCAGGUAAGUCUCCUCCUGCCUGUGUUUGGCAGGGACCAGCUGCGGUCCUCUCCCCAAGGUGAUGGCUCUCAGUGUGUCAGGCAGUGCCUGGCACACAGGCCACGGCUGCCAGCGUGAGCCAGAGCUGCUGUGACACUGUCCAUGUGCUUUGCCCGUCCUGCAUCCCAAGGAGCCCUGCAGGGACCAAGCAGCUUCUGGGACCAGGACACGGCACUCCAGGAGAGCAGAGCCACGGCUGUGAGCACAGUGGAGGGCAGGAGGAUUCUGCUGUCAGUGGGACCGACCCUAAAGGAGCACACAGAACUUUGUCAAUGGAUUCUUGUCUGGCAUCCAGCCCCUGCCCCGCUGGUCCUGCUCCAGCUGCUAUAAAUGUCGGUCCCUGAAGAAGUGGAGUAAGUGAAACAAAAGUCCUUAAGGUGCUAGUCACACAUUCCUAUUUUUUCUGGUCUUUUUUCUUUUUUCUGUUUUUUUCCUAAUAGCCUGUCUCCCUUUAUCAAGUCACGUGGAGAAAAAGAUGAUGUACUCCAUGGCAUAGCUGACAGUAUCGAAUCGAUCAUGACAACAGUAGUUGGUUAACAGUGUUUCUUCCAAGGAGACAUAUAUUUUUAAUAAACAGAGAGUUGCAAAGAA